AUGACUUUUAUUCAUCCAGAGGACAGUGCAAAUUCUACAAUUCUAGACAUAGUAGCUUUUGGAGAAGCGAUGACCUCCAUAAUCAAACGAUUUUCUAACUGUAGAAAACUUCCAAUUAAAAAUAACGAAAUAUCGAAAGUGCUUGAAGAAAUUAAUAAACAGCGUCUUAGCUUUCGUGAUUUCGCUAGCGAUUCAGUGAAGCAAUCCAGCAAAUUGGCAAGGUUUGCCGAAGAAGUUGUAAUAUUUGCUGAAUGUUGUAAUGACGUUGGAUUUUCUAAGGAUGAUCUUUUAGGAUUAUUGAGAUUACGUCUAUCUGAUGCUAGAAAAAAUAAAGAAGAUUCUGAAAUUUUACAGUUAAAAAUUAGACAUAUUAGAGAUGAUUUGACAGAUGUCACUGAUAAGUUAGUACAAUAUGCUGCGGAUAUCAAACAGUGUCAUCGAAAUAUUGGUUCUGAUAUAGGGAAGGAGCUAUCAGAGAAAGAAGCGAUUCAGGAAAAGUAUAAUUCUUCAUCAAAGGCAAAUUUCGCUAUAGCCAUUAUUGGCGUCUUGACAGCUUUAGCUGCAUCACCAUUUACUGGAGGUACAACUGCUCUGGCAGCAGUUUGUACUUCAGUAGUCGAUGCUGGAAUAUUCACAGCUACAGCUGGUACAGGUAGGUUUUUUAAUAACGAUGGUUUAAUUUAUAAUAAUUUAGAUAUUACACUAGUUCUUCAUCUAAUUAAAAAUAUAGCCAUUGCAGGAGGGACAAAACUUUUGGCCCACCAUGAGAGCGCUACCAUAGAAUCUUUAAAUAAGAAAUUACUUUCGGAACGAGAUCAAUUAACCAAUUGCAUAGAGAUUUUGAAUAAUGACCUGAUAUUGAUCAUUAAAACUUGUCGUAAAUUUAUAACUUUUUGGGAAGAACAAAUUGAUGCAAUUAACUCUAUUAUUGAAAAACUUGAACCUUUGAAUAAUCAAGAAGCACUUCGAAACAUUAAGAUGAUUGCAUAUGGUCUUUUAAAGACUUGGAAAAAUGUAAACGGUCAAUGCAAGGAAUAUAACCGUAUUAUGUAUGCUGAGCUAGAUAAUGACGCUUUAUUGAGAAAUAUG